CGGAAGUCCUCAGUUGCUUCUGCCAGGAUUUGUAAAUCUGUUUUUGGGGGUCUCCAAGCAGUUUCCCAGAUGUCUCCCAGCGCUUUGAAACGAACGGCAAAGUCGAGGCCCUGAGGGGGAGAUGACUAAGGAGGAUGUUCCAGAGCCUUCUGAGGGGGACAGUGUCUUGGGACACCAUAGCAGGCUGUCGCCUCAUCAACACGUCCGCGGCCUGGAACGGCCCGUCAUCCACCAGGUGGCUGCUGCACCCAUGCCCACUGACUGUGAAUUCUCAUUCUUUGAUCCCAGCGAGCCCCAGUGCAGGGAGGUUCUGUUGGACCCCAGCACCACCGUACCGGAGCUAUUUGCUGUCCUCAGACAGUGGGUGCCCCAGGUCCAGAAGAACAUCGACCUCAUUGGCAACGAGAUCCUCAAGAGAGGCUGUGGCGUGAACGAUCGAGAUGGCCUAACUGAUAUGAGCCUCUUGCACUACUGCUGCAAGGCUGGAGCCCCUGGCAUUGGAGAUGCAGAGACGGCAGCCGCUUUCGCCCGCCAGCUGCUCACCCUGGGAGCCGAACCCAACCUGCGCUCACGCUGGACCAACAUGAGGGCCUUGCACUAUGCCGCCUACUUCGAUGUGCCCCAGCUUAUCAGGGUGGUGUUGCAGGCAUCCCAGCCUGGAGAUGUGGAUGCCACCUGUACUGACUUUGACUUCGGCACGGCUCUACACAUCGCUGCGUCCAACCUGUGCACCUCGGCUGUCAGAUGCCUCCUGGAGCUGGGAGCGAACCCUGCCUUCAGGAAUGAGAAAGGGCAGUGCCCAGCAGAUGUGGUGCCGGACCCCCUAGACAUGCCCUUGGAGAUGGCAGACGCGGCUGCCUUGGCCAAGGAGCUGCGGUCUCUCCUAAGAGAAGCACUGCCUAGACCCUGCUCCCCACUGCCCCUCAGUAUGUCUGCUCACAACCCCCCUGCUCUCUCAGAAAGAGCCCGGACACAGCUUGGCACCAUGGGAAUCCGACUGGGCGACCGCGUGGUGAUUGCAGGUCAGAAGGUUGGCACCCUGCGAUUUUGUGGCAGCACAGAGUUUUCCGGGGGCCUGUGGGCUGGAGUGGAGCUGGACCUCCCAGAGGGGAAGAAUGACGGAUCGGUGGCUGGGGUUCAGUAUUUUACUUGUCAAGCCAAACAUGGUAUCUUUGCUCCCCUCUCCAAGAUUAGCAAACCCUUGGAACGACGCAAAACAAACCCCUCAAGGAUCUCCACGCCGUUACGGCCCCCUCGUCGUAUUGACCUGUCCCACAUCACCUCAAAGAUUAACACAGGUUUGUCUCCAUCAAUCAAAAAAACACCUGAUAAACCAAAAAGUCCACCUGGUCCUGAUCAGGGCACAGAAGGGGAUGCCUCAGGGACAACGCCAGGUGUUCCUCCUCGUUCCCUCUCCUCAUCUUCCUCUUCCCUGGACUCUCGGCCCGGGCCGGUUGCCCGACCUCGUCCAUUGCCGCGGCAUCACCCUCCUGGCAAGCAGCGGCGGGAGCAUGUUUUUCCUAGUCCCAGGACCACUCCUCCCCCGCCACUCCGCUCUUCUCCUGGUGCCUUCCCUCUUGCCAGUGCAGGACCUCGCAGCCAAACUCCCUCAGCUAGCAGUUCUGUGUGUGAGGGCCCGGAGGUUCGCCUGGGAGAGAGGGUGCUGGUGGUGGGCCAGAGAACCGGCGUGGUACAAUUCAUUGGCAAGACCAGCUUCGCUCCAGGACUCUGGCUGGGCAUCGAGCUGGACAAGCCCAGCGGUAAAAACAACGGAUCUGUGGGAGGUGUGAGUUAUUUCAGCUGCCCACCUAAGCACGGUGUCUUUGCCCCUCCAUCACGAGUUCAGAGGAUCCACGGUUCUGUUGACUGCCUUUCAGAGCUCUCCUCAUCACGCCUCAAUCGUCUUUACAGCGGGACCAUGCGGCGGAGUUUCAGCACGUCGUCGGCCAUUGCCCCGCCAAAGGAGACGAGCAGAAAAAGCCCCGUUAACAGGAACCGGUCCAAUCUCACCCGCCGACGCUGGAGCACCCUCAGCAGCAGCAGUGGCGGUGGCGGUGCUGGCACUGGUGGCAGGGUCCACAGCAAUACCGGCGGGUCUGGGACCAGCUCCUCGCCUGGUCCAGACGGCCAAGUCCGCCUCCACCUGGGCAUGCAGGUCCUGUUGAGCAGCGCCAACGAGAUGGCGAUCAUCCGCUACCUUGGCACGGCGGACUUCGCCCCGGGUCUUUGGCUCGGCCUGGAUCUGCGCAGCCCCAAGGGCAAGAAUGAUGGCUCGGUGGGCGGACGCCGCUACUUCAGCUGCCGGCCGGGCCACGGCGUGUUGGUCCGGCCCAGCCGCAUCACCUACCGUGGCAUCAACGGCGCGCGGCUGGUGAAUGAGAACAGCUGAGACUGCGGAUUCGGAGAGAGAAGAUGAGGGGUGUGUAGGAGCGGUGUUGCAGGAAGCCCUGAGGAGUGUGAAGUCUUUUCUUUCUAUAUGUUUGAUCUGCUGCACUUCCUUAUUGGCUACCUAAAUUAUACUACCUAAUUAGUUUAUCCUCAAGGGAAAAGUUUCACCUCGGUUCAUUAUUAGCUUCUCAUUCAUUUUUUUCCCUGUUAAUUUACUUUCUCAUGCAGGUUUCUUUUGUGUUCUGUGCUCCUCCUAAAAUGAUGUGAGCUCCAGAAGGGCACAGGUGUUGUAACUGAGACUACAGACCCAACUAGAUUUCGACUGAUGAGGGCGCAAAGAAGCACUUUAUUAAACUCACCUACAAGGGUGAAAGGCUGAAAUUUGGUUUGGAAGGGUAUGAACAUAUUACAAGACAUAAUACCUUGCACUAGUGUUGGUCUCACUGCAUUGAAAGGAAAUUGUCAGAACGAUCGACCAGAUGAUGUUAUGGAUCUGCACAUGUAAAAAAAAAAUCUUCAUCCCAAAAGCUCAUUUGUAUCCCGUCAUUAUCAGCUAAGUGUGGGAGCUGUUGAAACUUUCCUCAACUGAAAAAGUACACCCAUACCAAGAUAAGCACUUUAAAUAAAUGAGGAAAGGUGUGUUUUCCAGGGGCAGAGGGUUGUUGAGUGACAUACCUGUUAACAAAUUGCUUUAACUUGAAUCAAAUCAUAAGGUGAACUGUAAAUGAACUGCUGUUGAAUUAUACUUGCGCCAGUUAUUUCAAUUUUCUAAUGGUUGCACUAAUGGAGUACAACGACCUAUUGUCAGGAAGCUGUACACAGCCUUGUCCCGUAGCACGGCUGUUGGUCCACCUGUUGAAAACCAGCGUUGCCGCCGAUACGAAGCGGCGUCGUUUCAUUUCCGAGCUUUAUAUAAGCACUUUCCACACAGGGAAUAUGAGGUCAUCUAUAAAUUUGAAGAGCCCGGAUUACUUUUUGAUGAAAGCUUUCUGGGCAGACCUGCAGAUAGCAUUGAUCAUGGCUGUAGAAACCGGGCCCACUGCUUAGUAAAACAUCCAUGUAGCAUCCAGUUAGGGGUCGUGGACCACAACAGGAGCCCAAGAUACCAAUGUAGAAUCUUCACUGUGGUUCUUCCAUUGAUCAGUAUAGUCAGACCCUAUGUGAUUGAAAACCACCGUUAGGCCCAGCACAAGGUUGUCUGAUUCCCCCCCCCCCCCAUAUUCAAGAGAUAAGAGAAAGUGGAUGCCUUGAAAGCUAGGACCAGUCUCAUCACUCAUUUCCAUUGAAAUGAUCUUUUCUGACAAUAGAAAGUUGUUUUUUUUUGUUUUUUUGCAUAAAGGCCUUUUCUGUGGUCACAUCUUUGCAUCACUUCUGCAGUAUGACAAGGUUUUCCAUAUAACAUAUCCCAUCUAUAUAUACACAUGCAUAACUAAGUAUGUAUGAAUUACCCGAGUAUUAAGAAUAUGACUGAUCUCAAAUUGCACUAAUGGGUAUGAUAGUGAUUUGGUGCUGUUUGUGUGGUUAACAGGUUGUGUUCAUUCCUGAAUUAAUUAAUGUGUGUAUUUGCAGCUAUGUGUGCAAUUUGUGCUAAGGUUUUGGUGUGAUUCAUUUACACCUAGUGUAAAAAGCAGUAUUUGUAAAAUACUAAA